AUGGGGGAUCGGCGGGCGGACAAGAGGCCUAUGGAGAUCUCCGACCACGAGGCGGACCGGCGUAGGGAGCGGGAUCUACGCGAGAAGACGAAGCGUGCGAUGCGGGAGCGCUCGGGUGGCCAAGAGGCCCGCGAGGAGCGCGGCUGUUCCCGUGACCAGGGUGGGCGCGAGGGGGAUUGGGGUCCCCCUCCCCCGUGGUGGAUCCAGAUGCAGGAGCGCAAGAAGAAGAAGACCCCUCAACGUCGUCGUGAGCUUGAACGGAAGCCGAUGGCGCACCCCAACUGUGGUGGGGGCCACGGGGAUCCGCUGGUAGAGAAGCCGCGGGCGCUCGCAGAGCCGCUGGCAAUGGCGCUGCCCUCCUCGUCCAAGGGCACGGCGGAGGAGACCAUUCUGGUGGAGAAGGCCCCCGACGUCGAGUGCUUCAAAUGUGUGCGAUGGGGUCACUUCCAAUCUAAGUGUAAGCACAAGCCUCUCUGCGUGCUCUGUAAGGAAGAGGGGCACGCGUCCGCAAAGUGCCCAUCGCGAGGCCGACAACUGCACUUGCAGAUCAUGGGCAGCACCAUCUCCGGUGAAGGUUUCUUCUGUCUUGAGUUCGACGAGGAAACCGAGGCCGACCUGCCCGUGGAUGCUCGUGUUGAGAAUGCGGCGAUCCUGUCCGCGGAGCCUGGGAAGCUCAAUCUGCGCAUCCUCAGGCAAGAGCUGCAACACAUGGUAACAGGGGAUUGGGACUGGCAAGUGACUCAAGUGGGUGAUGCUGACUUCUUGGUGGUUUUUCCGUCUGCUGAUCUGCUGCAUAUGGCGAAGUCAAGUGGGAAACGGUUCUUGUCCAUCAAUGACAUCACGGCUUCGGUGCGGGAUAUGCUACACGAGGAAGUGCAGCCAAUGGUCAUGCCCGAGACGUGGGUGAAACUGCACGGCAUCCCUAAGAAGCACAGGCGCGAGGACCGCAUCAAGGAAGGGUUCCAGAUGCUUGGUCGGCCAAUCAUGGUGGACGAGCUGUCCCUCAUCAAGUUGGGGCCGGUGAGGAUGAAAAUCGCGUGGAAGGCACCGGAGAAGCUUAAUGGAUUUGUGGAGGUUUGGUUCAAUCACGAGGGCUACCAGAUCAAGGUAGAACGAGAAGUGCUGCCAAAGCGUGGGGGCGAGCGGGUGGAGACUGGAGCGGGGCCGUCCAACCCCCCUCCCAAGGAUUCGGACCUGCAGGGGGGAGCACGCCCGUCUGGCAGUGCGAGACCUGGCGGCGCUGGGGUUGGCAAGGCGCAGUAG